GCGGCGCAGCAGGCGACCGAGAAGAUGCGCGUCCCGCGCCCCGCCCGCCCGUGGGUGCUGCUGGCGCUCUGGCUGUGCGGCGCGACCCCCGCGCGCGCACUGCAAUGUCGGGAUGGCUAUGAGCCCUGUGUAAAUGAAGGAAUAUGUGUCACCUUUCAUAAUGGCACAGGAUACUGCAAAUGUCCAGAGGGCUUCUUGGGAGAAUAUUGCCAACACCGAGACCCCUGUGAGAAGAAUCGCUGCCAGAAUGGUGGGACCUGUGUGCCUCAGGCCAUGUUGGGGAAAGCCACAUGUAGAUGUGCCCUGGGAUUCACAGGCGAGAGCUGCCAGUACUCCACUUCCCACCCCUGCUUCAUGUCUCGCCCCUGCCUGAAUGGAGGCACUUGUCACAUGCUUACUCGGGAUACCUAUGAGUGCACCUGCCAAACUGGUUUUACAGGUAAGCUGUGCCAAUGGACUGAUGCCUGCCUGUCUCAUCCCUGCGCAAAUGGCAGUACCUGUACCACCAUGGCCAACCAGUUCUCCUGCAAAUGCCCGGCGGGCUUCACAGGGCAGAAAUGUGACAUUGACAUCAACGAGUGUGAAGUUCCAGGACAGUGCCUGCACGGUGGCACUUGCCUCAACCUGCCGGGUUCCUACCAGUGCCAGUGCCCCCAGGGCUUCACCGGCCAGAACUGUGACCGGCCCUACGUGCCCUGCGCGCCCUCCCCCUGUGUGAAUGGGGGCACCUGCCAGCAGACGGGUGACUUCACUUUUGAAUGCAACUGCCUUCCAGGUUUUGAAGGAACCACCUGUGAGCGGAAUAUCGAUGACUGCCCGAACCACAAGUGUCAGAAUGGGGGCGUCUGUGUAGACGGGGUCAACACUUACAACUGCCGCUGCCCGCCUCAGUGGACAGGCCAGUUCUGCACGGAGGAUGUAGACGAGUGCCUGCUGCAACCCAACGCCUGCCAGAACGGGGGCACCUGUACCAACCGCAAUGGGGACUACGGCUGUGUGUGUGUCAACGGCUGGACCGGAGCUGACUGCAGCGAGAACAUCGACGACUGUGCCUUCGCCUCCUGCACUGCGGGCUCCACCUGCAUCGACCGGGUGGCCUCCUUCUUCUGCAUGUGCCCAGAGGGGAAAGCCGGUCUCUUAUGUCAUCUGGACGAUGCGUGCAUCAGCAACCCCUGCCACAAGGGGGCGCUGUGUAACACCAACCCUCUGAAUGGCCAGUACAUCUGCACUUGUCCCCAGGGCUACCGAGGAGCUGAUUGUACUGAGGAUGUGGACGAAUGUGCUAUGGCCAACAGCAAUCCUUGUGAGCAUGCAGGAAAGUGUGUGAACACAGAUGGCGCUUUCUACUGUGCAUGUCAGAAGGGGUUUGCUGGGUCACGGUGUGAUAUGGACAUCAACGAGUGCCAUUCAGACCCCUGCCAGAAUGAUGCCACUUGUCUGGAUAAGAUUGGAGGUUUUACAUGCCUUUGCAUGCCAGGUUUCAAAGGUGUGCAUUGUGAGCUGGAGAUAAAUGAAUGUCAGAGCAACCCCUGUGUGAACAACGGGCAGUGUGUGGACAAGGUCAAUCGCUUCCAGUGUCUGUGUCCGCCUGGUUUCACUGGGCCAUUUUGCCAGAUUGACAUUGAUGACUGCUCCAGUACUCCGUGUCUGAACGGGGCCAAGUGUAUCGAUCACCCGAAUGGGUAUGAGUGCCAGUGUGCCACAGGAUUUACUGGUGUGUUGUGUGAGGAGAACAUUGACAACUGUGACCCUGAUCCUUGCCACCAUGGCCAGUGCCAGGAUGGCAUUGAUUCCUACACCUGCAUCUGCAACCCAGGGUACAUGGGUGCCAUCUGCAGCGACCAGAUAGACGAAUGUUAUAGCAACCCCUGCUUGAAUGACGGCCGCUGCAUCGACCUGGUGAACGGCUACCAGUGCAACUGCCACCCCGGCACGUCCGGUGCUAACUGUGAAAUCAAUUUUGAUGACUGUGCCAGUAACCCUUGUGUCAACGGCAUCUGCAUGGACGGUGUUAACCGGUACAGCUGUGUCUGCUCCCCGGGGUUCACAGGACAGAGAUGCAACAUUGACAUUGAUGAGUGUGCUUCCAAUCCCUGCCGCAAGGGCGCCACCUGCAUCAAUGAUGUGAACAGUUUCCGCUGCCUCUGCCCAGAGGGGCCCCACCACCCCAGCUGCUACUCACAGGUGAACGAGUGUCUGAGCAAUCCCUGCAUCCACGGAAACUGCACUGGGGGCCUCAGCGGGUACAAAUGCCUCUGUGAUGCAGGUUGGGUCGGUGUCAACUGUGACGUGGAUAAAAAUGAAUGCCUGUCGAGUCCAUGCCAGAACGGAGGAACUUGUAACAACCUGGUGAACGGGUACAGGUGUACUUGCAAGAAGGGCUUUAAAGGUUUCAACUGCCAGGUGAACAUUGACGAAUGUGCUUCGAAUCCAUGCCUGAACCAUGGAACCUGCAUCGAUGACAUAAGUGGCUACACGUGUCAUUGCGUACUGCCGUACACGGGCAAGAACUGUCAGAUCGUGCUGGCUCCUUGUUCCCCAAACCCGUGUGAGAAUGAUGGCGUUUGUAAAGAGGCUGCCAAUUUUGAGAGUUACACCUGUCGGUGUGCCCCAGGCUGGCAAGGUCCACAGUGUACCACGGACAUUGACGAGUGUGUCUCCAAGCCCUGCCUGAACCGUGGCGUCUGCCACAACACCCAGGGCAGCUACAUGUGUGAGUGUCCCCCGGGCUUCAGCGGUAUGGACUGUGAGGAGGACGUCGAUGACUGCAUCGCCAAUCCUUGCCAGAAUGGAGGGUCCUGUGUCGACGGAGUAAAUACUUUCUCCUGCCUGUGUCUUCUGGGCUUCACUGGGGAGAAGUGUCAGACCGACACGAAUGAGUGUUUGAGUGAGCCGUGUAAGAAUGGGGGAACCUGCUCUGACUAUGUCAACAGUUACACUUGCAAGUGUCAGGCAGGAUUUGAUGGCGUCCACUGUGAGAACAACAUUGACGAAUGCACGGAGAGCUCCUGUUUCAAUGGCGGCACCUGUGUGGAUGGGAUUAACUCCUUCUCUUGCCUGUGCCCUGCGGGCUUCACUGGCCCCUUCUGUCUCCACGAGGUCAAUGAGUGUGACUCCCAGCCAUGCCUGAAUGAAGGAACCUGUGUGGAUGGUGUGGGCACCUACCGCUGCACCUGCCCCUGGGGCUACACCGGCAGGAACUGUCAGACCCUGGUGAACCUUUGCAGCCGGUCUCCGUGUAAGAACAAAGGCACUUGUGUGCAGGAAAAGGCAGUGUCUCGGUGCCUCUGUCCCUCGGGGUGGACCGGAGCCUACUGUGACGUGCCCAGCGUCUCCUGUGAGAUGGCGGCCGCCCACAAAGGGGUGCCUGUGGACCGCUUGUGCCAGAAUUCUGGCAUCUGCACGUCAGUCGGCAACUCGCACCACUGCCAGUGUCCCCCGGGCUACUCGGGGAGCUACUGUGAGGAGCAGCUGGACGAGUGCGCGUCCAACCCCUGCCAGCACGGCUCCACCUGCACCGACUUCAUCGGCGGGUACCGAUGCGAGUGUGUCUCGGGGUAUCAGGGCGUCAACUGUGAGUAUGAAGUGGACGAGUGCCAGCACCAGCCCUGCCAGAAUGGAGGCACCUGCAUUGACCUCGUGAACCACUUCAAGUGCUCCUGCCCACCUGGCACUCGGGGCCUGCUCUGCGAAGAGAACAUCGACGACUGUGCCGGGGGUCCUCGCUGCCUGAAUGGGGGUCAGUGUGUGGACCGGAUUGGUGGCUACAGCUGCCGCUGCUUGCCCGGCUUUGCUGGCGAGCGCUGUGAGGGGGACAUCAACGAGUGCCUCUCCAGCCCCUGCAGCGUGGAGGGCAGCCUGGACUGCGUCCAGCUCACCAACGACUACAUGUGUGUGUGCCGCAAGGCCUUCACCGGUCGCCACUGUGAAACUUUCGUCGAUGUGUGUCCCCAGAAGCCCUGCCUGAAUGGAGGGACUUGCGCUGUGGCCAGUAACAUGCCAGAUGGUUUUAUUUGUCGUUGUGCUCCGGGAUUCUCAGGGGCAAGAUGCCAGAGCAGCUGUGGGCAGGUGAAGUGCCGAAGAGGGGAGCACUGUGUCAACACGGCCGCCGGGCCGCGCUGCUUCUGCCCCAACCCCCAGGACUGCGAGUCGGGCUGUUCUAGCAGCCCCUGCCAGAACGGGGGCAGCUGCAGCGCCCAGCACCAGCCUCCCUACUACUCUUGCCAGUGCCCCCCGCCAUUCUGGGGCAGCCACUGCGAGCACUACUCCGCCCCCACCAGCAUCCCUGCGGCCACCUGUCUGAGCCAGUACUGUGCUGACAAGGCGCGGGACGGUGUCUGCGACGAGCCCUGCAACAGCCACGCCUGCCAGUGGGAUGGGGGCGACUGUUCGCUCACCAUGGAGAACCCGUGGGCCAACUGCUCCUCCCCCCUGCCCUGCUGGGACUACAUCAACAACCAGUGCGACGAGCUGUGCAACACGGCCGAGUGCCUGUUCGACAACUUUGAAUGCCAGGGGAACAGCAAGACGUGCAAGUAUGACAAAUACUGUGCAGACCACUUCAAAGACAACCACUGUGACCAGGGCUGCAACAGUGAAGAGUGCGGCUGGGACGGGCUGGACUGCGCUGCUGACCGGCCGGAGAACCUGGCCGAGGGCACGCUGGUCAUCGUGGUGCUGAUGCCGCCCGAGCAGCUGCUGCAGGAUGCCCGCAGCUUCUUGAGGGCGCUGGGCACCCUGCUGCACACCAACCUGCGCAUCAAGCGGGACGCGCAGGGGGAGCUCAUGGUCUACCCCUACUACGGCGAGAAGUCCGCUGCCAUGAAGAAGCACAGGAUGGCACGCAGGUCCCUUCCCAGUGACCAAGAACAGGAGGUGGCUGGCUCCAAGGUCUAUCUGGAGAUCGACAAUCGACAGUGUGUGCAGGACUCCGAACAGUGCUUCAAGAACACCGACGCGGCCGCAGCGCUCCUGGCGUCUCACGCUAUUCAGGGCACCCUGUCAUACCCACUGGUGUCUGUCGUCAGUGAGUCCUUGAUUCCACCUCACACACAGUUCCUCUACCUGUUUGCUGUCGCUGUGGUCAUCAUCCUGUUUAUCAUCCUGCUGGGGGUCAUCAUGGCAAAGCGGAAGCGCAAACACGGUUCCCUGUGGCUGCCUGAAGGCUUCACCCUCCGCCGAGACUCCAGUAACCACAAGCGCCGGGAGCCCGUGGGGCAGGACGCCGUGGGGCUGAAAAAUCUCUCCGUGCAAGUCUCAGAGGCUAACCUAAUUGGUUCUGGAACAAGCGAACUUUGGGUUGACGAUGAAGGGCCUCAGCCAAAGAAAGCCAAGGCUGAAGAUGAAGCUUUACUCUCAGAGGAGGAUGACCCCAUUGACCGACGUCCCUGGACCCAGCAGCACCUGGAAGCUGCAGAUAUUCGUAGGACGCCGUCAUUGGCUCUCACUCCUCCCCAGGCGGAGCAGGAGGUGGACGUGCUGGACGUGAAUGUCCGUGGUCCAGACGGAUGCACCCCGCUGAUGCUGGCUUCUCUUCGGGGUGGCAGCUCAGAUCUGAGUGAUGAAGAUGAAGACGCCGAGGACUCUUCUGCCAACAUCAUCACAGACCUGGUCUACCAGGGCGCCAGUCUCCAGGCCCAGACAGAUCGGACUGGGGAGAUGGCGCUGCACCUGGCCGCCCGCUACUCCAGGGCUGACGCCGCCAAGCGCCUCCUCGACGCUGGAGCAGAUGCCAAUGCUCAGGACAACAUGGGCCGCUGCCCUCUCCAUGCUGCGGUGGCCGCCGAUGCCCAAGGAGUCUUCCAGAUUCUGAUUCGUAACCGAGUAACAGAUCUCGAUGCCAGGAUGAAUGAUGGCACCACACCUCUGAUCCUGGCUGCCCGCCUGGCUGUGGAGGGAAUGGUCGCAGAACUGAUCAACUGCCAGGCAGAUGUGAACGCGGUGGAUGACCACGGAAAAUCUGCUCUUCACUGGGCAGCAGCUGUCAAUAACGUGGAGGCAACCCUUUUGCUGUUGAAAAAUGGGGCCAACCGAGACAUGCAGGACAACAAGGAGGAAACGCCUCUGUUCCUCGCCGCCCGCGAGGGGAGCUACGAAGCGGCCAAGAUCCUGCUGGACCACUUUGCGAACCGGGACAUCACAGACCACAUGGAUCGCCUCCCGCGGGACGUGGCUCGGGACCGCAUGCACCACGACAUCGUGCGCCUGCUGGAUGAGUACAACGUGACCCCCAGCCCGCCGGGCACCGUGCUCACUUCCGCGCUCUCCCCAGUCAUCUGUGGGCCCAACAGGUCUUUCCUCAGCCUGAAGCACACCCCGCUGGGCAAGAAGCCACGGCGACCCAACGCCAAGAGCGCCAUGCCCACGAGCCUGCCCAACCUCGCCAAGGAGGCCAAAGAUGCCAAGGGCAGCCGGCGGAAGAAGUCCCUGAGUGACAAGGGGCAGCUGUCGGAGAGCUCGGUGACUCUGUCCCCCGUCGACUCCUUAGAGUCCCCCCAUACCUAUGUGUCUGACACCACCUCCUCCCCCAUGAUCACAUCCCCUGGGAUCCUCCAGGCCUCGCCCACCCCGAUGCUGGCCACCGCCGCCCCCCCGGCCCCCGUGCACGCCCAGCACGCGCUGUCUUUCUCUAACCUCCACGACAUGCAGCCCCUGGCUCCCGGGGCCGGCACGGUGCUGCCCUCGGUGAGCCAGCUGCUCAGCCACCACCGCAUCGUCCCGCCCGGCCCCGGGAGCGUGGGCGGCCUGGGGAAACUCCACCCGGUCUCGUUCCCAGCCGACUGGAUGAACCGUGUGGAGAUGAAUGAGACGCAGUACAACGAGAUGUUUGGCAUGGUCCUGGCCCCGGCUGAGGGGACCCACCCUGGCAUGGCCCCCCAGAGCCGGCCGCCCGAAGGGAAGCAGGUCCCCAACCCCCGAGAGCCCUUGCCCCCAAUCGUGACUUUCCAGCUGGUCCCCAAAGGCAGCAUCGGCCAGCCCGCAGGGGCUGCCCAGCCCCAGCCCAGCUGCCCUCCUGCCGUUGCCGGCCCCCUCCCCGCCAUGUAUCAGAUCCCAGAAAUGGCGCGUUUGCCCAGCAUGGCGUUUCCCACUGCCAUGAUGCCACAGCAGGACGGGCAGGUGGCGCAGACCAUCCUCCCGGCCUACCAUCCUUUCCCCGCCUCCGUGGGCAAGUACCCCACGCCCCCAUCGCAGCAUAGCUAUGCGUCCUCCAACGCGGCCGAGCGGACGCCCAGUCAUAGCGGUCACCUCCAGGGCGAGCACCCCUACCUGACACCGUCCCCAGAGUCUCCCGACCAGUGGUCGAGCUCUUCGCCCCACUCCGCUUCCGACUGGUCGGAUGUGACCACCAGCCCGACUCCCGGCGGCACGGGAGGCAGUCAGCGGGGGCCCGGGGCACACAUGUCGGAGCCAGCACGCGGGAACAUGCAGGUCUACGCAUGAAGGAGUCUGUCCCCAGCCCAGGGACAGAAUCGCCUAUUGGAAAUGCUGCUGAGAGACACAUGAAGGGCAUCCGGGAGAGAAGGAAGAAAUCUGCGGAACCGGCUUCUGGAGGGAGGCAGGAGCACUGAUGGCUUCGACACUGCGCGGAGAGCGGUUCCAUCAGCUUCACUGGGCACCUGCGGGGCUUUCGAGGGGAAGGACAUGACGCCUCCUCAGGUCCUGCCCAUCAGGCCACAGUGGAAGAAACGCAAGACGACUGUAAGAUUUGGGACCAUGUUUACUCUCUCCUGCUUGGAGACUGGGGUGCAUGCCUGUGGUAGCCCAGACAUUCUUGCAUCUUUGAACCGUGUUUGAAACGCCAGGGGCUCCUGCCAUAUCCCUCAGAAUAUUCUAGAGUAGAGUCCUCUUGGGAAUCUUACCCUGGAAUUCUGCCAGCAUCCAACUGUCUCCGCUCUUCCAUCUUGGAAAUUCACUGGGUGCGUUCUCGAUUGCACCCGUGUGUGUUGCCGCCCGGAGAGCGUGGCAUAGGGCACGGCCUUUGUGCUUCGGAUCAUUCCCCUCUGGACAGCAACUUGAGCCGCCUCCUCCCUCCCCCUGCCCCCAACUCCCCCAGUGUCCUCCGAUCUCACAGGGUCCCCCUUGAUCAUGACUCUCUUCCCAAACCUUCUGAGUAACGUUUCCUCAGAGAAUGUGCGCACUGUAGCUCCUAAAUCAUAGCAGGACCAGAAGAAGAAUGGGAGCCGAGUGUUUUUCUUGGGACCCAUUUGGGGACCUAGAGACGGCUUCAAGAAGCUGCACCUUAAUUCUCUUGCCUGCUUGCAAGACUCUCUAUAAACCGUAGGAGGAAGAAGGCAAAGAAUCAGUUGUUUUCCCAUUUGUGCUCCUGCUCAGAGUGAAGUUUUAUCCUUGGCACUCGAGGUUCUGUGACCCCUUAAGACACAAAGAAAGAGUCAGCCUUUCUUUGGAGUAUCGGUCAACCAGAGGAGACCGAACUCCUGCAAAAAGGUGACUACUGACUGACUUCCUUUCUGCCGAGCUGUCAGUGACUGCCAGUGUGAACCACAUCUGUUUCCAGAUCUCUGACCUCCCAGACUGUUUCACUUACUCCUCCAGCAGAUGAAACUAGUCUUAGCAGUUGAGCCUUCUCUUCCAAAAUACCCACAGAGGAAGUUGCCUCAAGUGAUACUCCCUCGCUGUUUAGAACUGAACUUUUUAUGUCUCGGGGGACAGAGGUCUUACUCUGGAAAUGCGUGACUGCGUAAACAGACUCCAUUUCCUCAUUCUCUCCUCACAGACCUACUUGCCAGUCUUCCUUCCAUACUGCAGAUAACUGGUAUACCAAAUAGUUUCUCACCGAACACAUGGAUCUUCUGUGUCUUAGUGCAGGAAACAGAAAGUCGACUAAGGUCCAAGACAGCACUAUCAGAAGGUUGGAAAGGAAGGGAAACUGAUGAUGUCUUACCACCAUUUCUUUUCCAUUGAAGCAGUCAGGAUAUUCCCUUUUUGGCAACUAACAUAGAAACUUACCAGGAACAUUAUUCUUUCUCAUAAUCACCUUCUAAACGAUAUUGAGGAAUUACAGACUCACUGUAAUGCUUGUGUAAAGAUUGCAGUUGAUCUCCUAGAAUCUGGUGCCUCUAUUUCUCAUCUUGGCAACUUCCUGGACCCUCUGUUGAGGGCAGAAGUUGAUACGAGAAAUACCAACUUCUACUCCCUGAAUUAGCUAAUCAUUGGUACUUGCCCAGACUGUUACUACUGUUACCUGGCGCCAAGAUGUUGUGACACCUGGAAAAUUCAUUCUGCCUGGGUGUUUUGUGGAUGUUAGUAAGUGAACUGCCGACUCUGUCUCAGUUGAAUGUUCAUUGAUAUUAUUGUCUUGCCGGGGAGUGCUCAGCAGUGCUCCCCACUUUCUGAUCUUUCUGUCUGUGGCACACAGUGGAAACUGUGUGGCUGUGAGCCUGGCAGUCGACGGAUAUUCCUUUUAGUCCUGACCAAGUUCAUCAAACCAAUAGAAAUAAGUUCUGCCCUGAUGCAGUAUAUUAUUCACUCAGCAUUUUGUUGUUUAACCUGACCCCCCCUCCCAAGAAACCUUUUCAUGGUAUGUUCUAUUGUGUUAUUCUAAAUGGUGACUCUCUCAUUAGACCUGUUAUCCUUUCACAGUUGGAGCGAACUUUUCUUUAUGGACCAUUAUGACCCCACACCUCUGUCCCCUUCUAUCCUCCCACUCCAGCCCCACUUCCUAAAGUGUCAGCCUCAGAUCAAGCGACUUGGAUCUCUUCCAGUAGGCGCCCUCUCUUCCAAGUCUCAGUGUAAGCCUAACUUGUUUUUCCUUUUUUGAGGUCCUUUGGAUUUGCGGGAAGAGAAUGGAAAAAUUGCCUACACACACGCACACAAUGUGUAUACUCACACAUACACACCUACCAGACUAAGUGAUGAAUAGAAAGACACUGCCAAUCAGACAUCUGUCAGUUUCUUUGUUUUUUUAAGAACCCCAGAGUAGUAUCAUAUAUAAUGAAAGAGAAGAUAGUCCAGAGAACCCCCUUCUUAUUUGAAGUCUAAAUUGGAGACUACAUUUUUAUGGAAUCAUCUUUCAUACCAUAUUUGGUACAAAAUCUAGUAUCGUAUGGUGUUUGGUUACCCACAUUGUAUUUAUUUUUAUAAAAUGUCCCUUUGAUCAUUUCCUUUGGAGAUAGAGUUUUUAUUUGAUUUGGUUUGUUUGUCUGUUCCAAAUUUAUAUGAAAAUGUAUUUUCUGACUUGAUAGGGAAGGGAGAGUUUUGAAGGAAAGAUAUGAGUUAAUAAUUUCACAUAAACAAUCAAAUUUGAUGUUCAAGUCCAUUAUGUCAUCUAUAAAUUGUAAGUUUAUUAUUUUGCAUAGAAGAAAACCAAAGUUCUUGUCUGGCAGAUGGUUUGGGGUUCUCGACCAGCCUGUUGGCUCUGUGAAGCAUGACAAGACAUGUCCGCCCCAGGCUCCACCUGUGACUGCGUGGUACUCUGGCUCCUUCCUCGUGUACAUUUCUCUUACACGUGAUAUUAUAUGUUUUUAUGAGAAACCUAAUAACCCAUAAAAUGACUGCAUAUUCCUACUCUAAAGUAUGGAAAAUGCACAUUUGUUUUUAUGUUUCAAAGUUUCAUUCUAAAAGUAGUUAAGAUGAAAUUUAUAUGAAAGCAUUUUUAUCACAAAAUAAAAAAGCUUACGUGUCAA